GCGGCACCAGUCAAGGGCUGCAGCGAGGGUUUGACAGCAGCUAUCCCAGUUCCGUCCGUGAUACUAUCCCUCUACUUCAUUCAGCAUGUCCCUGGUGCCGCUCAUGUUCCGCGACUGGUGGGAUGACCCCGAGCGGCCCUCGCGGCUGCUGGACCAGCACUUCGGCCUGGGGCUGACCCGGGACGACCUGGUGCCGCCGCCGCCGCGGGCCUCCUCCCUCCUCCGCAGCCACUACCUCAGGCCGUGGAGGCUCGCCCGGCAGAACUCGGGCGCCUCCGCCCUGGCCUUCGAGAACAACCAGUUCCAGGUGAGCCUGGACGUGCAGCAGUUCGCGCCCAGCGAGCUGUCCGUCAAGGUGUCGGAGCGGUCCGUGGUGGUGGAGGGCUGCCACGAGGAGCGCGCCGACGAGCACGGCUACAUCUCGCGCCAGUUCAAGCGGCGCUACCUGCUGCCCGAGGACGUGGACACCGCCGCCGUGUCCUCCUCGCUGUCCUCCGACGGCGUCCUCACCAUCAGCGCGCCGAGCAAGAAGCAGCUGCCCCCCGGCGAGCGUUCCGUCCCCAUCACGCAGACGGGUGCCCCCGCGCUGUCCCCGCCGCCGCAGCCCGCCGCCCCCUCCGCCCCCUUCCCCUCCGCCCCCGCCGCCCCCGCUGCCGCCCCCGCGAGCCCCGUCACCACCAACAUUCGCAUCGAGAAGGAGCACUGAGCCCCCCCUGGGCCUGGGCCCACCCCGACGACUGCCGACCACCUAACAAGAAACUCAAGUUGCCAAUCAUGAGACUAAUGUUUUUGUAACGCUUUGUGUGUGAGUGUGUGUUUGUGUGAGUGCGAAAUUUAUUUUUUGUAUCGAUGGAAUAAAAUAAUAGCGAAACCGAAA